GAGACCAAAGCUAAAAGGGGGCGUGUACGGCGCUGUCAGGACUGUCAGGGUCGCUGUCACUGCAGCUGCUGCUUCUGCCUGGCUACAAAGAUGACUUUGGGGAAGCCUGUGGGAGCCUCUGGCAGCGCAGAGUGCAGCCGUCAGAUAUUCCCUCCUAAAUCCUCUUCAGACACUGAGGCAGAAGAUGAACUGUCUGGGGAUGGUCUGGUGUUGCGCAGGGCUGGCAAACUCCAUGAGUUCCUCAGCCCAGAAGAGGAGGCAGAUUCUACUUCUGACUCAACUGAGACCUUUUAUGAGACCCUAGAGAUUCUAAAGCAGAAAGGUGGAUGGGGACUGUUGGAGUCCCUCUUUUCCUCUGACCCAGACAGUGAUGAGAACGUCUCUGAGGAUGAGGACCUGGAGAGUUUCUUCCAGGACAAGGGCAGGGGGAGGCCACAGGUACAGUGCCCUCCGUCUCUGAGGUGUGGCUCCGCAAGGCGCUGCAGUUCCCUGAGCAGCCUUCCCUGUGACACUCCCAGGGCCCAGGCACAGCCCACCUCAGGCCCUGGGCCUCCUUCCCAGCACCGAAGUAUCAGCUCCUGGACGUCCUCCAUCACUGUCCCUCGGCCAUUCCGAAUGACGCUGCGUGAGGCCCAGAAGAAAGCCCAGUGGCUGGCCUCGCCUGCCUCCUUUGAGCUAGAGAGGCAGCAGGCCCUGAGGCAGGGUCAGGAGGAGGCUGAGUGCCACCGGCAGUUCCGGGCACAGCCUGUGCCAGCACAUGUCUACCUGCCCCUGUACCAGGAGAUCAUGGAGCGCAGUGAGGCCCGGAGGCAGGCAGGGAUCCAGAAGAGGAAAGAACUGCUGCUGUCAUCCCUGAAGCCCUUCAGCUUCCUGGAGAAGGAAGAGCAGCGAAAGGAAGCUGCUCGACAGAUAGACUUGGCUGCCACAGAUAAGACCAAGGUCCCCAAAAAGAAAGCCACCCAAAGGAUCCCAAAGUCUGUUCUGGAGCCAGCCCUUGGGGACAAACUUGAGGAAGCUGAGCUCUUCAGGAAGAUUCGCAUCCAGAUGCGGGCCCUGGACAUGCUCCACUCGGCCUCCUCCCCUAUCCUCUCUAGUAGCCGGCCUGACCCACAGCCCCGCACGGCCACCCGAACUUGGGAAAAGAAGCUCGGCUUCCUGCAGACCAACUUCAGAUUCCAGCCUCGGGUGAAUCCUGUCAUCCCUGACUAUGAGGGCCUCUACAAGGCUUUCCAGAGGAGAGCUGCCAAGAGAAGGGAAACUCGAGAGGCAACCCGAAACAAGCCUUUCUCGCUGAGGACUGCCAACCUGCGCCACACUCCAAGGCCCUGUGACACUGCAGCCACUGGAGGGAGGAGGGGUUCCCUACAGCCACCAGCUACGCCCCUGCCCAGGAGUUGUUCUCUGAGUGGCCUUGCUUCGCUCUCUACCAACACCCUCCCUGUGCACAUCACAGAUGCCGCCAGGAAGAGGGAGUCAGCAGUCAGAAGUUCACUUGAAAAGAAGGAAAAAGCAGAUGAGAGUAUUCAGUGGUUAGAGAUGCACAAAAAGAAGUGUCAAGCACUGUCUAAAUCUGUGACCCUGCGUGCAAAAGCCAUGGAUCCCCAUAAAAGCCUAGAGGAGGUGUUCAAAGCAAAGCUGAAAGAGAACCGGAACAAUGACUGUAAAAGAGCAAAAGAAUAUAAGAAAGAACUGGAAGAAAUGAAGAAGAGAAUACAAACAAGGCCCUAUCUCUUUGAACAAGUUACCAAGGACCUUGCCCGGAAAGAGGCAGAGCGACGGUAUCGAGACAGGCUGAAGCAGGCCGGGCUGGAGGAGGACUUCGUGAGGAACAAGAGUCAGGGCACCCAGGCUGUUCGAUGGAAGGGUGAGGCCCCAGGCAAGGAUUCGCCCAGUAUCAAUGAACGUACAAAACUUGACAUCAGCGAUCCACAGCAAGCUUUAGAAGAAUUCCUAGAACAGCAGACAAGCCCUAAGAAAGACUUGGAGAUGCUGUCUCAUGAAUCACCAGGCAAUCUCAAAGCAAGUGUUUAACCAGUACACUUAACGUUACUGCUUCUGAACAUCAUGCAGCUAACUAGGAGUUGAGUCAAAGCAAACAAAACUUGUAUUUUGUAUCAUGGCUACAGUUAGAGAAAGGGGAAGAGUAACAGAAAAGCAAUUUGAGGAAAUCAAAUUGGACAAGCACAGGUUAGAGUGGUCAUAGUUCACAUGUAAAGUUCUAGCUUUUUCCCUGACACUUAAAAGUAAAUAUAGGAGAGGGCCGGGGAUUUAGCUCAGUGGUUUCGACGCCUGCUGCACAAGCGCAAGGACCCAAGUUCGAUGCCCAGUACCAAAAAAAAAAAAAAAAAGAUACGGGAAUGUUUGCCUUUUGAAUACUCCCUACUCAUCCAGAGUAGUGCUCUCACUCUCUUUUUUCCUUUCCCUACCUUCAAAUAAAUCAUCUUUUAUUAAAAAAAAAAAAGCAGAUAUAGGAAAAAAGGGCACAAAUUGGGUGGGGGGAGAGCAUCUUCCACUGAAGGAAGUAAUUUAACGGGCUCCACUCCCAAAACAAAGAGAAAAGCAAGUUUUGUGUUUUGUUACUGGGAAUCACAUUCAGGACCUUGCACUUGCCAGGAAGGUGCAGUCACUGAGCUACAUCCCCAGCCUAGAGAAAGGCAGGUUUUUAUUGACUUACUGGAAUGGGUUAAGUUGGUGAUUCCCCCACACCAAAGUUUAUUUAUUUAUUUAGGUUUUCUUUUGUUUUAUAUUCUGGAAAUUGAACUCAAAGAUUUCUCACUGAGCUACAUCCCCAGCCCUUUUUCAUUUUUUAAGAUUUCCUCAAAUUGCUAAGCUUCCCUGACUGGGCAAGAACUUGUGAUUCCCAUGCCUCAGGCUUCCAGAGUGCUGGGAUUACAAGGGUGGACCACCAAGUCCAUCUUGUUUUGUUUUUGAGACAGGGUUUUGAUAUGCAGCCCAGGCUUCAAACUCAGGAUCCUCUGGCCUCAGCCUCACGAGUCUGAGAUUACAAGGUGUGAUCAAAAAAAUACAGUGAACGGCCAGGGAUUUAGCUCAGUGCUUCUGCCGCCUGCCUUGUAAGUGCAAGGUCCCAAGUUUGAUCUCUGGUACUGCCCCCCCAAAUAUAUAUAUAUAGUGAACAUUUAACAUUUUAAAUUCAUUACAAGACACAUUGCCAUUAAUGCCCCUCAGAAUACUCCCCCUCAUUUCAAAUACUUUCUUACAUCAUUCUUAGAACUUUCUGAAACAAUUCUGGGAGUCCUUUUUCAUGUCUUAAGGUGUGCUGUUGUGGCUGCGUGGAUGUCUUGAAUUAAAAAUGUUUUAACUUUCAUGGUCAUUUGAGUUUGGGUGAAGAACCAAAAGUUGCCAGUGCCAGAUCUGGUGAAUAAGGUAGAUGAGAAUACACUAAUUUUUGUUUUGUUUUUUGAGACAGGGUCUCACUAUGUAGUUCAGGCUGGUCGAACUCACUGUACCACCCAGGCUGCCUUGAACUCUCAGCAAUCUUCCUACCUCAACCUCCUCAGUGCUGGGAUUACAGGCAUGCACCACCACGCCAGGCCACACUAAUUUUUAUGAACCUGCCUUUCCAAUGGAUGGCAAUUGACAGUUGCAUUCACUAUAUUUUUUAUCACAUCUGAUCAACCCUCAUGAAGUCCAGAAUGUCUUUACAAAGUGGCAAGGACGGGAUACAUGUGUUAGAAGCAAGAGGGAGUUUAAUAGCACCUUUUACUGUAAUUUUUUUAAAAAUUUAAACAUUCAUAUAUUUUGAUCAGACCUCAUAUAGGCAUGUACCACCACCCCUAAAGUCUUUAAUUUCUAUUGUCCAGGAGCACUGUUCCAAAAGAUGUUUCUCCAUGCUAGGCAUGGUGGUGUGUGACUAUAAUCCCAGCAUGGGGGAGGCUGAGGCAGGAGGAUCACCGUGAGUUCAAGGCCAGCCGUCAAAUGGAUGGGUGUAAGACAGCAGGAGUCAGAAGACUAAUGAAUAUAAAAGCUGCUGGAGGGCCAGGGAUUUAGCUCAGUGGUUUUACUGCCUGCUGUGCAAGCACAAGGACCCAAGUUCAAUCCCCGGUACCAAAAAAACCCCAGGAAACAGUAUUUCCAGAUCAACCCCAUUUUCAUCUGAAGCCAGAAAUUUGCGUGUUGGCAGCUAAUUAAAAAUUAUUUUAAAAUAUGGGCUUGAUGUGGUGGUGCAUGCCUGUAAUCUCAGCACUCUGGGAGGCUAAGGUAGAAGGAUGUCAAGUUCAAGAUCAGCCUGGGUAAUACAGCAAGACCCUGUCUCAAAAAAUAAUAAGGGCAGGAUAUGUAGCUCAGUGUAGAGGUUCUGGCUUCAAUCUCCAGUAUUUAAAAUAAAAUUGUCCAGGUAAAACAAAAUACAUCUGGGGCUGGGGAUGUGGCUCUGGCACUGCGCCUGCCUGGAGAAUGCCAGGUCCUGAGUUCCAUCUCUAGUAAAUCCCCACACAUCUGUUUAUCACUUCAACCCACAGGGGAUGACAAAUUUGCAACCUUUUACUACCCUUUCUUAUCUUCAGCAACUGAUCACUUUUUGCUGGUGGUUAGAGGAAGCUGUCCUGUGUAUUGCAGGAUGUUUUGCAACAUUGCUCCCCUCUCCUGGUUAUGAAAACCAAAAAUGUUACCAGAUAUUGCCAAAUGUUCCCAGGUGAGAAUCACUGUUCUAGUAUCAAAGUUAAGACUAUAGAAUACAAGAGCCAGGGAUUUAGCUCAGUGGUUCCACCGCCUGCCUCACAAGGGCAAGGUCCUGAGUUUGAUCCCCGGUACAAAAACAAAAAACAAAACAAAAACAACAACAACAAAAAAGAGGGACUAUAGAAUACAAAAACUAACAUAUGAUUUAUUUUUUAGGUAUUCUGGAGACAGGGUCUUGCUAUGUAGCCCAGGCUAGCCUUAAACUCAUGACAAUCUUCCUGCCUCAGCUUCCUGAGUGCUGGGAUUACAGAUGUGCGACACCACGCCUGCAAAAAAACUAGCAUUUUAAGAAUACAAGUAUUUGCCAUGAAUUCAGUCUGCAUAGUUUGAUUAUGCAUGUCAUUAAUAAAUUAAGAACUGUAAUUAUUUAAAAGGAAUUAAGCUUUUCUGUUAUGUUUAGAAUGUGCUACUUUAUGCAUGUGUGUGUCAGCACAGAGAUCAUUUUAAAUAAAUUUAAAACUUCUCUGACAACCAUGAUUUUCUACUAGUAGAUGGUCUUUGGAAUUUCUGUCCUGUUGUCAAUAAUUGGGUAUUUUCUCUCAAUAGCUGUGGACAGGUUGCUAGCAAGAGCACCUGCUAUAGACACUCAUGUUUUAAAUAUCUUUGUGCAAAAAUUCAAAAUUAUCUGUUAUGACUACCAUAUUUCUAGACUCAGACAGAGUCUCUUCUGAUGCAGCAGAGUGAUACGUUGGUAACAACCUUGUGUUUGCUAGGUAGAAAUGAAGACUCUCAUGUCAUGUUUCUUAGGCUCGGUCAAUUUUACUUACAUGGAAUCUUAAGGGUAAAUCACUGCCCCAUCUUCAAGAGAAAGCCUAAAUUAUUUUCUUAAUCUCCCUUUAAGAAAUUAAGCUGUAUCUAAAACAAGAGCCAAAUAACUCACUGGGCUGCUUUGUUUAUUUAAAGGGAAAACUGAAGCUCUGUAUCAGAUGAUUUUUAAUUUAAAAAAAAAAACCCAAUAAAAAAAAAUCCUCUUAA